AUGCAGCCCCAGCGACGCCGGCGUGAGUCCCUCACGCCCCAGCAGCUGCGUGAGUGGUACGCUGGUUGGGGCUGUAGGGGUGGCGACGCUACUCCUACUACCACUCCUGCUGCUUCUACUCGUGGUGGCGGCCAGAUGCAGCUCCCGCGACCCUCUCGCGUGUCUCUCACGCCUCGCCAGCUUCGUGAGUGGUACGCUCAGAGUGGAGGGUCUCUCAGUGCUGUUCGCUGCUCUUACGUGAUUCGCACUGGUACUCGGACUGGUCAGCCUUGUGGGACACGUAGUCAUACACCGUCCCGCUGCUUCGCCCGUCUGAGCGACGCCUGGCGUACCGUGUUUGGCGACGAGGCUGAGCUUCCCGACUGGGUGGAGUUGCUUAGGCAGAGGGUAGAUAUAUAUGCUCUUGACUAUGAUGCUAUUCUCACUGCCAUGUAUGCAUUGCCUACUAGUGCUGACCGUGCCGGUCACCAGUGCGUCCCGCCUGACCCAGGUAUAGGACCUGCUGCUCUAGCUACUGGUGAGGCUGCUGCUCUGGGUGCUAGUGAGUCUCCUGCUCCAGGUACAGGUACCGCGUUGGCUUCGGCCUCCCUCACCUUUACACUUGACUCUGGGGCUUCUCGCUCCUUCUUUCGGGACCGCACCACACUCACGCCGCUUGGUCGGCCGGUUGCAGUCUCCCUGGCUGACCCCUCUGGGGGUCCUGUCCUCGCUCACUUCUCCACUGUCCUCCCGUGUCCGGCUGCCCCCUCGGGCACCCUGUCUGGCCUGUACCUCCCCUCGUUCUCGACGAACUUGGUGAGUGGUGCAGACCUACAGGAUGCGGGGGUUCACCAGUUCACUCCUGCGAGUCAGCGGGUGACCCACUGCACGGACGCACGCACAGGCCGGCACCUGGCCACGUUCUCGCGUCGGCCGGGGUCGAGCCUCUACACCCUGACCACUGAGUCUCCUCCUGUCCCCGCGUCCGGUCAGGUAGCAGCGUCGGGUCAGGUGUUUGCUGCUGCGUCCAGGUCUGGUCCUGAGUCUGCCCCCUGUUCGUGUCGCCUCCUGUCUCACGAGACUCUUCUGUGGCACCACCGUCUAGGCCACCCCUCCUUGCCCCGUCUUCGGGGCAUGGCUUCCCGUGUCCUUGUCUCUGGUCUUCCCCAGUCUCUCCCUCCCCUUCCUUCGGGACCAGGACCUUCCUGUGUCCCCUAUGUCGAGGGGCGCCUCAGGGCUGCUCCUCACUCCUCCCUGUUUCCCCCGACAGAGGCUCCUCUGCAGACACUUCACAUGGACGUGUGGGGCCCGGCCCCCGUCCGUGGGCAGGGUCACGAGCGCUACUUCCUGUUGGUGGUUGACGACUACUCGCGUUACACCUCAGUCUUCCCCUUGCGCAGCAAGGGUGCUGUCACUGAGGUGCUGAUCGACUGGAUCCGCGAGGCUCGUCUCCAGCUCAGGAGGAGCUUCGGCUCGGACUUUCCUGUUCUGCGUCUGCACUCUGACCGAGGUGGGGAGUUCUCCUCUCGCCUUCUGCGAGACUACUGUCGUGCACAGGGGAUCCGCCAGACCUUUACGCUUCCGGACUCUCCACAGCAAAAUGGGAUUGCUGAGCGCCGCAUUGGCAUGGUGAUGGAUGUCGCUCGUACGUCCAUGAUGCAUGCGGCUGCCCCCUAUUUUCUGUGGCCGUUUGCGGUUCGGUACGCGGCGCAUCAGCUCAACCUUCACCCCAGGGUCUCUCGGCCCGCGAUGUCCCCAGUGUUACUGUGGACGGGGAAGGUCGGCGAUGCGUCUGCGUUCCGUGUCUGGGGAUCUCGGGCGUUUGUCCGCGACUUGUCUGCGGACAAGCUGUCCCCCCGUGCUGCUCCCUGUGUCUUCCUUGGCUUCCCCCCUGACGCUCCAGGGUGGCAGUUCUACCACCCCUCCUCUCGUCGUGUUCUGUCCUCCCAGGACGUCACGUUCGACGAGUCAGUCCCCUUCUACCGCCUCUUCCCCUACCGUACUCCUUCCCUUCCCCCCCCACCGGACUUCCUGGUAGACACGGUCGAGCCAGUCGAGGUUGCUGCUGAGUCUGGUCCUGCUGCGGGUGCUGAGCGCGGGGGUGCUGCUGCUGUGGGUGCUGAGCCUGGGGGUGCUGAGCCUGGGGGUGCGAGGCCGGGGGGUGCUGAGUCUGGGGGUGCUGAGCCGGGGGGUGCUGAGCCGGAGGGUGCUACGUCAGGAGCUGCUGAGCCUGGGGGUGCUGGGCCUGGAGGUGCGGAGCCUGCGCCUGCUGGACCUGGGGGCUCUCCGGUUCUUCCGUCUCGGCGGGAGCCGCUCUCUCCACAGGAGCUGCGCGAGUGGUUUGCUCGCCGCUGGAGGCGUGUUGCUGGAGCUGGAGCUUCUUCGCCUGCUGAGGGUGCUGCCGGUCCCGGAGCUGCUGGGCCUGCGGGUCCUACUGGAGCUGGAGCUACUGAGUCUGGGGGUGCUGAGUCUGGAGCUGCUGAGCCUGGAGGUGCUGAGUCUGGAGCGGCUGUGCCUGGGGGUGCUGAGUCUGGAGCUGCUAAGCCUGGGGUUUCUCCUGCUGCUGCGUCUCGCCAGGAGCCCCUCUCUCCACAGGAGCUGCGUGAGUGGUUUGCUCGCCGCUGGAGGCGUACUGCUGGAGCUGGAGCUUCGUCGACCGUCGAGGGUGCUGGUGCUGCCGGUCCCGGAGCUGCUGGGCCUGCGGGUCCUACUGGAGCUGGAGCUGCUGAGGGUGUUGGUGCUGAGACUACUGCUGUCUGUCCUGGCGGUGGUUCUGCUGCUGGUGCUGCUGGAGGUCCUGCCGCUGGAGGUGUUGGUGGCGCUGGUGCUGUCGCUGAGGGUGCUGUAGAGUGUCCACAGCCUGUCCAGUCGCAGUCACUGUUGGAGCCUUCCUCUCCUCUGCCUGCUCCCUCUCCUUACACUGGUCCUACUGGAGGUCUUGCUGAGCGUCGUGAGCCUGCGUCUCGUCCCGCGUCGCCUGUUCGUGCUGCUCGCGCUAGUGGUCGCGGUUCGCGUCAGCGUCCUCCUCCUGUCCCUGGCACGCACCGGAUGUCUCUGCGUCCGUCCACUGCUCCUCUGCGUGCCCCUUUGCCUUCUCCUCCUGAGUCCUCUCUUCCUGCGCUUGCCGACCCUGAGUCGGACUCUCUUCGCGCUGCCAGUCCUACUGUCACGCGUCUGCUUGCUACUGUCGUCACUGACCCCUCUUUUGAGUCCACUGCUGCGUCUGCUCUAGUCGCUGAGCUCGUUGACUUUGCUGCUCGCUGUCGUCUCGACUACACUGCUGGUCUUGUUGCUGAGUCUGCGUCUGUCUGUCCUCCGUCCGUCGGGGGUGAGUGUGCUCUUGGCACGGACGUCCUAGAGGACAGACAGGAGGAGUUACAGUGUCUAGCGGCUGCUUCACCUCAUCUCGCGUCUGUACUGCUUGCCCCUGAGGGAGACCCGGAUGCACUAGACAUCCCGACUCCGCGUUCUUACGCGGAGGCCGUAGAGGGUCCCUACUCCUCUCAGUGGCAGGCAGCUAUGGAUGCAGAGAUGGCUUCCUGGAAGUCCACAGGCACCUACGUUGACGCAGUUCCCCCUCCUGGGGCGAACAUCGUCAGUGGCAUGUGGAUCUUGCGGGUGAAGCGGCCGCCGGGCUCUCCACCUGUCUUCAAGGCGCGGUACGUUGCUCGUGGCUUCAGUCAGCGGCAGGGAGUUGACUACUUUCAGACCUUCUCUCCCACCCCGAAGAUGACCACUCUUCGGGUGCUGCUGCACAUAGCCGCUCAGCGCGACUACGAGCUUCACUCUCUCGACUUCAGCACUGCGUUCCUGCAGGGUAGCCUGCACGAGGAGAUCUGGCUGCGCCGUCCACCUGGCUUCACUGGGACUUUCCCUCCUGGCACCCAGUGGAGCCUCCGACGGCCAGUCUACGGUCUCCGCCAGGCACCGCGUGAGUGGCACGACACACUGAGGACUACGCUUGCGGCUCUUGGGUUUGCUCCUUCUACUGCUGACCCGUCGCUGUUUCUGCGCACCGACACUUCACUGCCGCCGUUCUACAUCCUCGUGUACGCCGACGACUUGGUCUUUGCCACAGCGGACACUGCUGGACUCGCCUACGUGAAGUCCGAACUGCUGAAGAGACACACGUGCACAGACCUGGGUGAACUGCGCAGCUACCUUGGCUUGCAGAUCACUCGGGACAGAGCACGCCGCACCAUUACCUUGACUCAGUCACACAUGGUGCAGCAGGUCCUUCAGCGCUUCGGCUUCACGUACUCCUCGCCCCAGGCCACUCCUCUGCCUACUCGCCACUCACUCUCAGCUCUGCCUUCGGAUGAGUCCGUAGAGUCGAGUGGUCCGUAUGCAGAGCUUGUUGGCUGCCUCAUGUACCUGAUGACCUGCACACGACCUGACCUUGCAUACCCUCUGAGCAUUCUUGCACGCUAUGUUGCUCCUGGGAGACACAGACCAGAGCACAUGGCUGCAGCGAAGAGGGUAUUGCGCUACCUGUGCAGUACGUCGGGCAUGGGGCUUGUGCUUGGAGGGCGGAGUCCAGUGGUCCUUACCGGCCACGCGGACGCUUCUUGGGCUGACGACCAGGCUACGCAGCGGUCGUCACAGGGUUACACCUUCAGCCUUGGUUCCGGCUCUGUCUCGUGGCGGUCUACUCGCUCGUCUUCGGUUCUCGGCUCCAGUUGUGAGGCUGAGAUCUACGCCGGGGCCAUGGCUGCACAGGAGCUUCGCUGGCUCACCUACCUGCUGACUGACCUUGGAGAGCCGCCUCGUUCUCCUCCAGUGCUGUACGUAGACAACAAGGCCAUGCUGGCCUUGUGUCGAGAGCAGCGCUUGGAGCACAGAACGAAGCACAUUGCUCUCCGCUACUUCCUUGCUCGUGAGCUGCAGCAGCGUGGUCAGUUGCGACUUGCGUACGUGGCCUCUGAGGCCAACACUGCUGAUGUGUUCACCAAGGCACUCGCGCCUUGUGAUCAUCAGCGCUUUUGCACCCAGCUGGGUCUUGUGUCUGUCUUGCCUCACUUGCUCUCCUCUUGA